AUGGCCAAUGCCACAAGAAAGCGAGCUGGCUGGGACCCAAGCCAGAAAGGCUCCUGGGCCCGAAGGCAUGGCUCCGCGGGCGAGAACAAGCUCGGCGGGAAACCAUUGAUGGCCAACAACAGGGCCAUCAGCAACCACCCCCGGCCCCUCUAUGCCGACCAUUACCCCAGCUCUUCAUCUUUCCUUGGUGAUACUAGCAACGACGAGGGGCAGAUAUUUGAAGCAAACCCAAGGGGUAUUAAAACAUUGCAACUUGGAGUAGGAAUCCCAAAAUCUCGGACAUUCAGCGUCAUUUCCAGCCUUACUCAGUCCUUAUCCCACGGCACUAUUGUCCGUCAGGGGGUCAGUCGAAACGUUAGCCGCGAGCCUCACGACCAAACUAGCAACCACCGGCUCGUUACCCAACAUACUCUGAGCCCCAAAGCACGACAAGCUUCAACUUACCAAGCACCAGCAACGCCAACCCUGCCUCCCGGUCAGUCCAACAACAUUGAAGCAGUCUCAACGGCCAUGCCACCGCAGUACUGGGCCGGCCGCUUUAUGGCAUUGCACGACCGUUUUCACAAUGAGCUACUCGAACCAUACCACCUAACCCGGCUCUGCGAAGCGCAGGCGGCUCAUCCACUCGCCGAUUUCACACGCCCGGCGUCGGCCGCAACCCAGAACAACCCGUCAACAUCGGCCUAUUCCAUCCCACGAUCGACGGCCAAAAGCCAGACCAGUCACCCGCGACAGCCAAGCAGCAGCCACAGCCGCAUCCCCCAGUCCGCUACGAGCGGUGCCAUCCUGCAGAGCACGUCCUACAACUUGCAGCCCGAUCCGUUGUCCAAUCUCCACGCGACAUCAGCAUCCUCUUCGGUCCGCAAACUUACCACCACUACAACCACAGCAUCAUACCGCCGCCGAAACCCCCAACAUCACCACCACCCCCUCCCAACAACAGACGAAAACUCCAUCCCCGAACACCCCCCCACGGGCAACACAACCACAACAACCAUCCCCAAAACCAACAAAACCCCACCCCCCACCCACCAGAAUCCUAACCAAAACCGCGUCCUAACAACGCACCUCGCCGACGACGAAGCCUCCCGCGUGCGCCGCGUGCUGCUGCGGCUGGAAUACAUGUGUGAGACAGAUGCCGCACGCCUGUCGCUGCGCCAGUGGCGGGUGGCGUAUGCGCGGCGGACGGGGAGGGGUGAGUUCUUGCCCUUGUGUCACUCCGAUGGGGGUGGUCGUGUUGUACAAACGGGCAGGGUGGCCGGCGAAAGGCGAGCGGCUAUCUGA